AGAGUAGACCCCGCUCACCGCAGCUAGAGAAAGCCCUGGGGCAGCACCAAUACCCAACGCAGCCAAAAAAUAAAACAAUAAAAAUAAAUAACAUAAACAUUAAAAAAAAAAAACUCAGGCUUUGAAGAACAAGUGAACACACAUAUGAAAUAUGGUUGGAGAUUGUCUUUAAUCAUUUUGGAAUUUGAGAACGCUUUCUCUUUUUGCCACACUGCAGAUGAAGAGCUUAGAAUUUGAUAAAUUAUAAACCUAAUGAGGCUUCUAACUCCUCUAGCCAGUCCUUAGCUGCCAGGAAAUGAUCAUUGUUACUUAAUUAUAAGAUGAAACUAAACAUUGAGAAAUGUUGAAAGUGAUCUGAUUGGCCAAUAUUCCAAGGACUAAUUCCACAGGCAUGCCUUCUACAUACCAAUUAAAGAUGCAUCACCCAUAAUGCUGCAUGCCAUUGACUGUAUUCUAUGUUGUCAUUUUCAGAUUCGAACAACAAAAACAAUUCCAGUCUAGGGCACCUCCAAUGACUGCUAGGUUGUUCUAAUUUAGAGGAAAAGCACUCCUCCUAUGGGCUGAUUACUCCUCACUUUGACCACACCCAAGAGUCUGUCUUAAAGAUAAUAAAAGCAACCAAUCAAUCGAUCAUCCAAUUUAGCUGUCGGGUAGAAAAAUACCAAAGAGCUUUCCAAAGGAAAGUUUAGAUGUGUGACAUUUCAUUUGGAUUUUGAGGGGCAAUUCAUAACUGUCUACCUGUUUAACCCCAACCAUUAGGAACCCAAGGGGAAACAAUUUGGUAAUUAUUUAAUGGACAUCCUGUGUAGCUUUUUUCACAGAAAGUAUGUGUAGAGACUCAGAAGCAGGCUUUUACUUCAUCCCUGAAAUUACUACUAAUUUAAAGUCACUUUUCCUAAUGUGCCUAGCCAUCCCAUUUGCCUAUAAUUUCCCAAGAACUAUAGUCUUUGAAUUCACUCCUGGAUGGGAGGAAAGAUAGUUCUGCAUGAUAUACAAUUUUAUUUAAGUAACCAGUAGUUUUCAAAAGAAAGAAGAUAUUACACUGCUUUUCUGAACGGGCAUCCUAUGUCAUGGAAAGAUGGGCCUGGAAGGGUUGAACCCAAACACUUACACAUGCACUAGAUAGAGAAAGCCUCUCUGUCUUGCAUUGUUUUUCUAGGUCUAACGAAAACAUGAGGAUUGAGGGCUUGGCCUCAGCCUGGUAAUGUAGUCAGGAACGGAACCUUGGUAGCAAAAAAUCAGGAUAACAGAAGAAUCAUUAUGUUUAGGGGAAGGAAAGAUCUCCAAAAAAAGAGAGACUAUUCUGAAUAACUCAGGCUCCUUUUCUCUUUUUCUUGUGUGAAAUUCAAUGUUUCCUUUCUCCUUGUAGCCUCUACAGAGGGUGAUGUCAUUCUGAGAAGAAGCUUAUGCUCAGGGGCUUUAGAAGCUGAGGCAGCCUCACAGUCACUGGCUCCCCUGACCAAUGAGAGACUUGCUAAAGGAGAAACAAACUAUGAAGGUAGAAAAUUCUGCCCUGAAUGACGAAUCUCUGUAUUCUAAGGGUGAUUCCGAGCUUUAGAGGUUGUGGGAAUGUCCUCAGUCAGAAGUGAGACAAAACCCUUUCAGUUGUUUGCACUCGGGAAACACCCUCAUUAUGAGGCCUAGGGAUAAUGAGUCAAAGCCAAGGACUGGACCUUGCUAAGUCUGUGGGUACUGUUGAGCCUUGAAAGGAGUAUGCAAGGUUCUGGGUUCAGCGCCUCUUCUAUAAUGCCUUUCCCCUCCCAGGUCUCCAGGUCAGGUAUGGCAGGACUUAAUGACUCCGAAUCUCUGCAAUGAGUGGCAUCCGGAUAGCCCAGGGGAACUAGGCAACACCACCCAACCUGCACUGGGAUUGGAGGUUGGGUGGAGUGACUGGGAGUCGAACACCUAAGAGGCUGUCUUCUUGUGAACGUCAGAGAAAGCUUUGGCCAAGCCUGUUAGAGAUGCGUGUGCAGACCCGGACCCUGCAGACACAGGCACCUCUGAGUCCUUCGGCCCAGAGCACCUGACCUCUGACCCCCAGCACAGGAAAGCAGCAUGGUCAGGAGGGGUUAAACUUCGGCUGAAGCACAGGCGCAGUGAACCUGCGGGCCGACCUCAUUCUUGGCAUUCAACCAAAUUUGGGGAGAAUCAACCCGAUGCCAGCAUGAUGCAGAUAUCUCAGGGCACGAUUGGCACUCCUUGGCCCCAGAGCUACCAUUCCAGCUCCUCUACCAGGGACCUCUCCGGCUAUGACCAUGCUUAUCUGAGGCGGAGCCCUGACCGGUGCAGCUCCCAGGGGAGCACGGACAGCCUGGAGCCCAGCGGGGGAUGCCCGCCCUGCCACCCUCUCUCCCCGGCCAAGUCUACCAGCAGCAUUGAGCAGCUUGGCCACCUCCAUAACAAGAGAGACUCGGCUUACAGCUCCUUCUCCGCCAGUUCUAGCAUCCUCGAAUAUCCGGCGCCCGGCAUCUCUGGCCGGGAGCGUUCAGGCUCCGUGGACACCACUUCUGCUCGAGGUGGCCUCCUAGAAGGGAUGAGGCAGGCAGACAUUCGCUAUGUUAAGACAGUCUAUGAUCCCCGGAGGGGGGUCUCAGCAGAGUAUGAGGUGAACUCAUCAGGCCUGCUCCUGCAAGGUAAGGAGGCCCGAGCAUUGGCAGAUGGUCAGGGCUAUGAGAAAUGGCAUAGUGUUCCUCGGGGCAAGGAAGCACCACCCCCCUCCUGGAGCCAGCACUGCCCCAGCUCCUUGGAGACCACCGCGGACAACUUGCCUCCUAAAGUGGGCGCGCCCCUGCCCCCAGCUCGGAGUGACAGUUAUGCGGCCUUUCGGCAGCGAGAGCGGCCUGGCUCCUGGUCUAGCCUUGAUCAGAAACGGUUCUGCCGUCCUCAGGCAAACUCUGCAGGCACCCUGAAAUCUCCCUUCAUAGAGGAACAGUUGCAUACUGUGCUGGAGAAGAGUCCAGAAAACAGCCCCCCAGUGAAGCCCAAGCAUAAUUACACCCAGAAGGCCCACCCUGGCCAACCUCUGCUGCCGACUGGCAUCUACCCGGUACCUUCCCUGGAGCCACACUUUGCCCAGGUGCCCCGGCCUUCCGUGAGUGGUAACGGCACCCUCUACCCUGCGCUGGCCAAGGAGGGCGGGUAUCCAGCUCCGCAGGGAGCUUGCGACACAACGGCCGCCCUUGAUGAGAAUGGGAACCAAAGUGGAUCUAGCAGGCCUGGCUUUGCCUUCUGCCAGCCCCUAGAACAUGACUCAGUGUCCCCAGGAGAGAGGAAACCUGAAGUUUCAGCCAAAUGUGUCCCCUACAAAGUCCAUUUCCUCUCAGUGCCUGAAAACGAGGAGGAGACCUCCCUGAAGAGACUUCUCACACCUCUCCAAGGCGACAGCCCACAUCCCAGUGAGAGAAAGAGCACCCAGGGCAACAAAUAUUCUAAUUACCACAGCCUCCAAUCCCCUCCGGCUCAGGCCUGGCAAGUGGGUGAAGACAAGAGAUCUUUCCUGCCCUCAGAGCCUUGGGAGGGGGAUUUCCAUGAAGACCACAAUGCCAACCUCCGGCGGAGGCUCGACAGAGGCAGCCUGGGCCAGAGCAUGCCAGGCAACUUUGGCAAGACCACAUCUGCCUUCUCCUCCCUCCAAAACAUUCCUGAGAGUCUAAGAAGGCAAAGCAGCCUGGAUCUAGGAGGGGGAGCCCAGGAGAUCUACCUGGAAGGCACGUCCACCUGUACAGUCAGCACCAAGGCAGAGGACUCUGGAAGGACUGUUGUUCCUGAUCACAGGAGCCAGCUGGACAGGUCAGUUUCCUAUCCCAGGCCUGAGGGGAGAACCAGUGCCUUGGCUUCGUUCCACAGUUCAGACCCAAGGUAUGAAGAGCUGCCCUCCCCGCCCCCGCAGGAGACAUCCAGUCUGGGCCGAAGGAGGCUCAGCUCCAGCAGCACCUCGGCUCUGCAGGGCUUUCAGUAUGGGAAGCCCCACUGCUCCGUGCUGGAGAAGGUUUCCAAGAUCGAGCAGCGAGAGCAAGGGAGCCAGAGACCCCCGAGUGCGGGCAGCUCUAGUUACGGUUAUAACCACAGGCCCAACCGGACACUCCCAACUUCUAAUACUUUGGGGAAUGACUUGGAGGAGACAAAGGCCCAUAUGCGUUUUUCCGAAUCCAUUGAACCCCUAGGCAAUGGGGAGCCGCACUGCAAAAACGGGGAGCCGAAGUCGGAAGAGGUUUCCUGGCAGCCGUGUGGUCAGCAGCCGAGGCGGGACGCUCGCCUGCUCCGCAGCCAGAGCACCUUCCAGCUCUUCAGCGAGGCGGAGGAGGCGGCCGUGUGGCCCGAUGACCGGCCCCGCACGCCAGAGUCGCUCGUGCAGGAUGCCCCCUUCAGCCGCGCCUACCGGAACAGCAUCAAGGAUGCGCAGUCCCGCGUCCUGGGCGCCACCUCCUUUCGACGCCGGGACCUCGAGCCGGGGACGCCCACAGCCGCCAGGCCCUGGCGGCUGCGACCCGCCUCCGCCCACGUGGGGCUGCGGAGCCCGGAAGCGCCGACUUCCGCCUCUCCGCACACUCCGCGCGAGCGGCACAGCGUGACCCCGGCCGAGGGCGACCCUGCCCGGCCCGCGCCCCCCGCCGCCCGGAGGGGGCCCCGCCGGCACCUGACCCCUGAGCAGAAGAAGCGCUCGUACUCGGAGCCCGAGAAGAUGCACGAGGUGGGGGUCUCGGAGGAGGCCGAGCCGGCGCCCCCGGGCCCGCCAAGGAAGGGGCCACAGUUCGCGGAGAGCUCCGUGGCUGACCGGCGCCGCAUCUUCGAGCGAGACGGCAGGGCCUGCUCCACUCUCAGCCUGUCGGGGCCCGAGCUGAAGCAGUUCCAGCAGAGCGCGCUGGCCGACUACAUUCAGCGCAAGACCGGCAAGCGGCCCGCUGCCGCCGGCGGCGGCCUCCAGGAGCCUGGGCCGCUGCGGGAGCGCGCCCCGAGCGCCUACCUCCAGGCCGCGCCCGAGGGCCCCAGCCUCGCUGCUGCCUCCAGUCUCUCCUCUCUGCGGGAGCCCAGCCUGCCGCCCCGCAGGGAGGCCGCCCUCCAGCCGGCCACCGCGGAAGGGGGUGGCGGGGAGCCGCCACGGGCCCCCCGAGAUCGCAGCAGCUCCUUUGCCGGCGGCCGCCACCUCGGGGAACGGCGCCGCGGAGACCAAGCCCCGAGAGAACUGCUCAGUGGAGCUAACAGCGGUUCAAAGGGCCCCCAGAGGCUGGACAGGACCCCUGGGGAGCCCUCUCCGUGGGGGUCCGCGGCCGGGAGGGCCGGGAAGUCCAUGUCGGCCGAGGACCUGCUGGAGCGCUCAGGCGUCCAGGCCAUCCCUGUCCACAUGAGGUCACGGUCAUCUCCCACCGCAGACAAGCGCCAGGAUGUGCUUUUGGGGGAAAACAAUGGCUUUGGUCUUGUGAAGGAUCCAUGUUAUUUGGCUGGCCCAGCAUCCAGGCCAUUCAGCUGUUCCAGCCGUGAAGAGAUGUUGUUGCUCCAACACCAUCCCAGCCCUCGUUGCGGGGUUUCGGGCUGCAAAGCAGGUGGUGGUGCCUCCAUUCCCGGCAGGGGUCUGGGACCGCUGGACCCCCCCAGGCAGGCCAGCAGAACGUCUUGCCCCCGGCCCCUGCCCUCAGGAGCGCAAGGGCAUCUCCCGGACACCAGGGCUGCACCGCCGAGCUCAGCCCUGCCUGCCCCUGGCCCCUCGAGCUACUGCUCACAGGCCGCCGCCGCCCAGCCCUGCACCCAAGCCGGGACCCCCAAAAAUGGCGGCCACUGGCCGGCCCAGCCUCCCAGCCCCGAGCGCAGGAAGGAGGAGGGAGCAGGGACGCGGCCCUCCCCGCCCUGGGUGAAGAGGGCCCACGCAGUCCGAGAGGACAGCCUCCCCGAGGACGGCACAUCGCCUGGGUGCGCGAGCCCCAGGCACUACCCCAAGCCGCAGGCCCUCCCCAGCCCGAGCAGCACUUCUGACCCGGACACGCCCCUCGGGGCCCCGGGCACUCUGGGCAGGGUCUCCCUCCGGAUCUCUGGGUCGGCCCCGCUGGCCUCCCUGCCGCCUCUGGAGGACAACGACGACGAGGUGUUCGAGAGGGACCUACGCUCCACCGCCUCUUCCGGCCCCGCCUGCGAAGCGCCGCCCCCGCCCAGCUGGGAAGCCCCGGCCCAGAACCUGGACCGCUUCCCUCCGCCUCCCCCUGAAGCUGUGUGCGAGGAGCAGUGGGACAGCGAGGACUACCGGGAGCCCCACGCCAGCAGCUCCGGCAAACUUGCCAAGGUGACAGUUGCCAAGGAAAGGCCCAUCCCUGGUGCAGCCCAUUUGGUUGAUAGUCAGAUACUGGCUUCCAGAUCCCAAACUUCCAUCAAGAGUUCAGAGGCCAAUGAGACCAACCCACCCUCCACCACCGGUGCUCCGCCCCAGCCUGCCGGGUCUCUUAGCAAGCAGCCAAGCCCAGGGCAGCCACCUUCCAUCCAGACCCAAAGCCUCAGCCACGACCCAGUCAGUGGGACUCAAAGUUUAGAAGAGAAUGUCAGUUCUGGCCCUCAGAAGACCUCAGAAGACAUGAGAACAGAGACUCUGGCCAAGGAAAUUGUCCACCAAGACAAAUCUCUGGCAGACAUUUUGGAUCCAGACUCCAGAAUGAAGACAACUAUGGACCUGAUGGAAGGUUUGUUUCCACGAGAUGCUAAUCCGCUGAAGGAAAACAGCAUAAAGAGGAAGGCCAUGCAGAGAACUGUCAGCUUCCCAGGAUGUGAAGCUAAGAGGAGUGAAGACAAGGAAGCAGCGGGCAUGUUGGUCAACUGUCCUGUCUACUACAGCGUGUCUGCUCCCAAGGCCGAGCUUCUGAACAAAAUCAAAGCUAUGCCAGAGGAGGUGAAUGAGGAAGAGGAGCCGGCAGACAUCAACGAAAAGAAGGCGGAGUUAAUUGGAAGCCUCACCCACAAGCUUGAGACCCUCCAGGAAGCCAAGGGGAGCCUGCUGAUGGACAUCAAGCUCAAUAACGCCCUGGGGGAAGAGGUAGAGGCCUGGAUCAGUGAGCUCUGCAAGCCCAAUGAGAUCGACAAGUACAAGAUGUUCAUCGGGGACUUGGACAAGGUGGUGAACCUGCUGCUCUCCCUCUCAGGACGCCUGGCCCGCGUGGAGAACGUCCUCAGUGGCCUUGGUGAAGACGCCAGUAACGAGGAAAGGAGCUCUCUCAACGAGAAGAGGAAGGUCCUGGCUGCGCAGCACGAGGACGCGCGGGAGCUCAAGGAGAAUGUGGACCGGAGGCAGCGCGUGGUGCUGGACAUCCUGGCCCAUUACCUUUCCAAGGAGCAACUCCAGGAUUACCAGCAUUUUGUGAAAAUGAAGUCGACACUCCUCAUCGAGCAGCGGGAGCUGGACGACAAGAUCAAGCUGGGCCAGGAGCAGGUCAAGUGUCUGCUGGAGAGCCUUCCCUCGGAUUUCGUGCCCAAGGCAGGGGCCCUGGCUCUGCCCCCAGGCCUCGCCGGUGACGUGACUGCCGUGGGAGGGUGGACUGUCAGUAUUUUUCCAACAGUAACCUCUCCACUUUAACCUCUUCUCCAGGACCCAACGAAAAGCCCACCCCUUCUCUCAACACUAUUUAAUCUGAAAAACGUUUCAGUACAAGCCAGCCUUUAAACUCUAUGGGUUAUGGGGGUUUUUCUGGAUAAAAGGAAAAAAUUCCAUCCAGGAAAAAGCCUGUCUUUUCUUUCUCGCCCUUCAUGAUUGAUCUUCUGAGAGCUUGAAUGCUGCUGGGAACUUACCCCUUUCUGUUGUCAC